AUGACGGUGAAACGAAGAAACCAUGAACGCAACAAGAAAGGACGCGGCCACGUCCGCUUCGUCCGCACAAACUGCGGCCGCUGCUGCCCGAAGGACAAGGCCAUUCACAAGGCCGUCAUUCGCAGCAUCGUCGAAGCGGCGGCCGUCCACGAUCUUGCCGACGCGUCCGUCUGCGAACGUCAGUUUUUUGUCAUUGAAACCACGCUACCGAAGUUGUACAACAAGAUGCACUACUGCGUCGGGUGCGCCAUCCACGCCAAGGUCGUCGGCAACCGAUCGCGAGAAGCUCGCCGUGAUCGCAACCCGCCGCCUCGCUUCGGUGCCCCUCGCGGAGGCCCGCAACGACCUGGACAAUCCGGAAAAGCC